CCAAGUCCAUCACCAGCAAGGUUAGGUACUGUACAACUCAAGAGGAGAAUCAGGUCACAAGAGCAGACAGGAGAAGGGAGUGGUCUGCUUUAGCCCAUAACACCGACAGGCUGUCUGUCCCAGCAAGCUAACACAUUGCCCCAGCAUCUACGCCAUUGUGGUAGGUCGUCUGUUUGUGAGACCGACCAGCAGCAUCCUCGCUGAUACAAUACCAGGCAUCAGCUAGAGUUCCAUGUAGUAAUCUAUGCAAUAUCUCAUCCUUGUCUUGGCAACAAGCCUCCUCAAGUCACAGUUGCUGACGAGCUCGCCUUCUCCGAGGUUUUGUUGCGCGACGUUGUCAGAGUACUUACUUCUAACAGGCAUUCUCCACCUCAUAAGCUUAGUGCUUUGCCUUCAGUCCGACAGUUCUAGAAACAUGGACUGUUUGAGACUAUCUGCUCAGGCCAUUUCACAGAGUGCUGGCGUGUCACCUGCCGGGUUUAUUACAGCAAAGGCGACGUCUGAUCGCCGGCCAAGCAGGGGACGGAAAUUCAGGGGCUUCGGUGGUUCUGCAUAUCCGUCAGUACAAUGCCCUAAUCACCACAACGACUCGAAUUUCAACAAAGAUGGAGUCUGCUCAUCGUCCUGGCCGUUGUCGGUUCCGGCCAUGGCUUCUCAACCGAAGGGUAGCAGCAAAUGUCAACGAUUUCCACAUUCGGCUCGGUUUUCUCAAGAUCCGAUCUGUUCAUUUGCUGAUAACGACGACCACGAAGCUUCUCGGCUUGCAUUGGCUCAGCUUGAACGAUCUUUCCUGGCGGAGUCGUCAAUCGGAAUCGUUGAAUGCACCAGCAAAGGAUGCAGACCAGUUCUCAGGCCAUCACCGCCUCCUGGUGCUGAACCGCCUCCGUCCUCCUCCGUCUCGUUUCCGUCAGCAUCCGUCUCAUCGCCGUCAACCUUCCCUUCGAGCUAUCCCCUCGGCUCAAUCGCCACAGACGCGGCGUGCAUGGAGGAACGAGCGGCGACUUACCAUCGGCAUCAGGAACGGCGACAGACUGAACUGCCGGGCCGGCCGAGUUUGCAGACGGAGUUUGCAGAAUUCGUCAACGAGGUCUGGGUGGAGCCGUCAACGGCCGACAAGUAUUACCAGUCGGCGAUGCGACAAUCUCCUUACGACAUCCGGCUACUAACGAGUUACGCUCAGUUUUCGUGGAAGCAGCUUCAUGACAAGGAUCAAGCAGAGGACCUGUACCAGAAAGCGAUUCAGGAGUCUCCGGAUAAUUCGGACGCGCUCGCGAGCUACGCUCUCUUCUUGUGGGAAAGUGAGAGUGAGAGCGAGGGGGAGGUGGAAGCAGUGAAGAACGCAGCAGUAGUCGCUUCUUCAGUCUAGCGCAAUAUGUGUUCAGGAAGCGUUGUGCUGACGUGGCUACUCAGCCUGCUUCGCGUGCUGCCAUGGGUUGUUGUGGAGACCGUACAUUUCUAGGAGCUUCGAUUUGCAGUCCCUUCGGCAUAAGGGGCGUCUUAGUAGGUAGAGCAUGCCUGCUCCCUGUUGCUGAACUUACAGGCAGCGGAUAAUGGUUUGUCUUUUGUCACAGUUUUUAAAUACCGACAUUAACCUCCUGC